CCCUUGUUGUGAUCUAUCAUGCCACCAAUGGUUCCAGCACUCCCCAGAAGCGAUUCCAAGGCCAGACUCUUGCAUCAUCUCGGCCUCGACAUGAGAGAUAUGAUGCAUCGGCGGCUGUACAAUCUCAUGAAGCUCGAGGCUAGCGAAGGCCGGAAAAGAAUCAUCGCUAUUUUGGACGCUCGAGCGCAACGAGGCUCAAGCCAAGAAGGCAAUCAAACGUCCUACAGCACCUCGCAGAUCGAAGAGGCGCUCAUGGAUGCUGAGGCUCAGAGGAUAUACGCAACUGCACAACCAGCAACGAGAUCUCUAUACGACCUUGCAAUCGACCCAGCGCUCCCCGACCGACCCAACUGGAUCAUACGUUGGAUGCUAUGGCAUGUCUUCCGGUAUCGCGAUGGUCGUCAGCAGUCGGGGAAUCAACGUGGCUCUGCUCGCGACGCGGCGUUGAACCACGAGCUCAGCAUGAUCACCACUAGCAACAUUACGGAAGCAGCAGCAACACCGACGACAACGACGACGAUGAUGGCAACAACAACAGCAACAAUACGAUCCGUAUCUUCUGUGCCAGCAUCAGCCAUCCUCCCCAGUGGAAAGAAGCAGUUCUUCGAUCCCGUACGGGAGAAGUACCGCACCUGAUCGUUCAACGAUCGAUCGAUUGCCCGACGUGGUUGCUACAGGUAGCUGCUAUCUAUCAAUCCGUGCAUUCAUUCGAAGCAGCAAACAUUCGCAGCUUCAGAAUCCGAUCGAUAAUUGCCGUUCCGCACCCGUACCAUGUCGACACAUAUUCGAUAGCAUCGAUCGAUCAGGAAUUACUGUACUUUUCUCCAUAUCCAGCAAGCGAACAUCCUCCCUCUCUCCCUCUCAGCACCGGGGGGCGGGGCAGGGGCGGAGCGGGACUCAGACGCAGGAAAGAGAAAAAAGUCUCCGGACAAACUUCCCCGGGCCAAUAGCACACGUGGGUCGAGGUUCCAGGCGUAUCGAACGAACCCGAAGCAUUAUCGUUCCAGCAAUUCUAGUAGAAGGCUUGCCUUUGUCUUGGUGGUUUUUUCCCCCCCAGAGUGACGAUCACUCUCGCUAAAAGACCAAACAACCAUUAUACUGGAAUGAGGGAGGAGGAAAAGAGUUUCUCGCUUCGGUGCCGAUGAUGGAAUGAUGGACUUAAAUGAAUGAGCUACCUAGCUGAUACACGCACGUACAUGUAUCCACCCCCGGGGGGAGCUCAAGCGCCGAUGCCUCACAGGAGGCCCAUCACAACGAGAUAACAACAGACAGGUUACUGUACAUGUAACUGGCCUGUCCAGGCAAUGAAGAAACGCAGGUGAUGACGCGCAAAACCUAGACUGCACAGGUGCAAUGCCUUGAGUCAGGUAAAUGGUACAAUAUUACUGGUCCGUCCGGUUACAGGUUUGGGAAAAACCCGCCCCUUUUUUGUAGGGGGUGGGAGAGCGGACCAAAGUCAU